AUGGCAACUAUUUUCAAGAACGGGCGUUUCUUCGUGCCCUCGGUCUCGAAUAAUGUUAAAGACUUUGCCGAAAGCAUGAUCAUUGAGGACGGCAAAGUCUCAUAUGUCGGUCCUCUAGAUGAAACAAUCAGCACAAAAGAUGCGACGGUGAUUGACCUACAAGACCGAACCGUGAUUCCGGGUUUCAUUGAUGCACAUGUGCACAUCUUACACUACGGCCAAUCCCUUCGCAAAGCCGAUCUCAUUGAAUGCACAUCCUUGGAACAAAUCCGCAAAACGAUCAAGUCCUACGCAGAGACCCAUCCCUCCGUCCCUCGCAUCUUAUGUCGAGGCUGGAUUCAAUCCUCUACGAAUGGUGUCGCCCUAGCCAGCAUGCUAGAUGGCAUCGACUCACGCCCCAUCUUCAUCGACUCCUUCGAUCUCCACUCUAUGUGGUGCAGCUCAGCAGCCCUGGAUGAAAUGAAAGCCCAUACAGCCCCAGAUCUACCCGGAGGUAGAAUCCACCGCGACGAAAACGGCAAGGCAUCAGGUCUUCUGGAUGAAUCAGCCCUCAUGAACCUCGCCUGGCCCCAUCUAGAAGGCGUCACCUCCACGGCCGACAAAUUAGAAGCCCUAGACACAGCCGUCAAGGCAUACACCGCCGCCGGAUAUACCGGCUUGGUAGAUAUGGCCAUGGACGAAGUGACCUGGGAAAUCCUCAACCUCUACCGAAAAGACCACACAAUCCCCUUCCACAUCGGUGCCCACUGGCUAGUCCCCUUUGCAGCCGACCAAAAUGCCAAUUUCAAAUACGUCGACCGAGCAAUCGAACUCCAUAAGAAAUACAACAGCCCCGACUUUUGUAUUCUAGGAAUAAAACUCAUCUGCGACGGCGUGGUCGACGGCUGCACUGCUGCGCUUAUGCAGCCAUACACAGGCAAAUCAGACCCCGUGGACCCAAUCUGGCCAGAAGAUAUGCUCCAAGAAGUUGUGGAACGCGCCGACAAAGCUGGAAUCCAAUGUGCGAUUCAUGCCAUCGGCGACAGAGCAGUCCACCAAGCAAUCAACGUCCUCUCUCGAGUCGGCAGUCCAGGAGCCAGACACAGAAUCGAGCACUUGGAACUGACGACAUCCGAAGAUGCCAAACGUCUUGGCCAGCUUGGUAUCACGGCUUCCAUCCAGCCUGUUCAUUCGGACCCGAUGCUCUUCAAGGCUUGGCCUGGUCUUGUUGGUCCGGAUCGUUGUCAGCGUGCGUUUGCUUAUAAGGAGUUCUUGGAUGGUGGGGCUCCUAUUGCUAUUGGCACUGAUGCCCCGACUGCUCCCCAUUUGCCAUUCCCUAAUUUGUAUAAUGCUACUACUAGGCGUUCUGCGUUAGAAGUUGAGAGUGAGAAUACUGUGAAUCCGCAUUUCGGGCUUGGGCUUGUUGAGGCUGCUACGGCUGCUACUAAUGGUGCGGCUUACGCGCGCUUCGCUGACUCCUGGACUGGAUCUUUGCAGAAGGGGUUGUCUGCAGACUUCUUGGUUGUUGAUACGCAGUGGAAGCCUGAGGCGUUACUUCAGUCUAGGGUCUGCCAGACUUGGUAUCGGGGGAUGAAGGUUUUUGAUUCGCAGGGUUGA